GACGCGAGGUCAGACAACCACUUUCUGUAUUUCUUUUAAAAACGAUAUGGGCAUGGAUGAAGAGAAUACUCAGCAGCACUUUUGUGAAACGUUAGUGUUUUAUGUUAACGGAAAAAAGAUCGUCGAUGCAAAGAUCGAUCCAGAAUGGACUUUACUAUUUUAUUUGAGGACUAAACUCAGAUUAACUGGAACAAAACUGGGUUGUGGAGAAGGUGGUUGCGGUGCGUGUACCGUGAUGGUGUCCAGAUUUGACAGACGCCUAAACAAAGAAGUUCACAUCCCCGUAAAUGCUUGCUUAGCUCCAGUAUGUUCCCUACACGGCAUGGCAGUCACUACGGUAGAAGGUAUAGGCUCUACUAGAACGAAACUCCAUCCUAUUCAAGAAAGAAUCGCAAAAUCUCACGGAUCGCAGUGUGGUUUUUGCACUCCUGGCAUGGUGAUGUCCAUGUAUGCCCUACUCAGACAAUCGUCCAAACCAAAAAUGAGGGAUAUGGAAGAAGCCCUCCAAGGCAAUCUUUGUAGAUGCACCGGUUAUAGACCGAUUUUGGAUGGUUUUAAAACUUUCACCGCGGAGUGGGAAGCCGAGCGAAACCGUACCUUAGUUAAUGGCUCCAAUGGUGUUUGCGGUUUAGGCGAUAAGUGUUGUAAACUGCAAAUUGACCUAGAGAAUACAAACGACUUAACUACGGAUGACGAUCCAAGUACACUAGUUGACACAAAUGCAUUUGCUCCUUACCAUCCAUCCCAGGAACCAAUUUUUCCUCCCGAGUUAAAGCUGUCGGAUAUAUACGACAGACAAAAUCUUAUCAUCAAAGGCCAAAAUGUAACCUGGUACCGCCCAACGACCUUUCAAGCGUUACUUAAUCUGACACACGAUUAUCCCCGUGCGAAGAUUGUCGUGGGAAACACGGAGAUUGGAGUUGAAACGAAAUUCAAACAAAUGCUUUACCCUGUUCUCAUCCAGCCUGUUCAGAUCGAAGAACUGACGGAGAUUGUGGCUUGUGAAGGCUUCGUAAAGGUGGGUGGGUCAGUCUCUCUAACUAAUCUGGGGGAAUUUCUGGAGAACCAAAUCCAAAUCCAACUGGAAUAGAAGACAAGAUUAUUCCGGGCGGUCAUUGAUAUACUUUUCACGUUUGCUGGGAAGCAGAUUCGUAGUGUCGGGUCAAUUGGUGGCAAUAUUAUGACCGGCAGUCCGAUAUCUGAUUUGAUACCUCUGCUUAUGGUUGCGCGAGUAGAGUUAGAGGUCAGUCACUACGUAACUGGUGAUAGAAUCGUUAUCCUCGACGAUAAAUUCUUUACUGGGUAUAGAAGGAACGUUAUUCUAACCGGCGAAGUAUUGAAAGCCGUCCGAAUACCAUAUAGUCAUGAGAACCAAUAUUUUGAAGUUUACAAACAAUCAAGGAGGCGGGAAGACGACAUUGCGAUCGUCAACGCCGCCAUUCAUGUGACGUUCGAAGCGAAUUCAUCUGUGGUGUCUACAAGUAAUUUAGCAUUUGGCGGGAUGUCGUUUAAGACCGUAACUGCUCCGAAAACCGAGAAAAACUUGACGGGUUUGCAUUGGAAUAAGGAGACGCUGGAUAGAGCAUUGACUUGGUUGUCGGAGGACUUGCCUUUGGAUUCUUCAGCGCCUGGUGGUAUGGUGCAAUAUAGAAAAUCUUUGGCGUUAGGUUUGUUCUUUAAAGCGUUUUUGGCAAUUUCCAAACGGUUAGCUCCCAACGCGUUAGAUACGUGCGAAUUAGGCGACGCAAAAGGUAUUCCUGUUCCGAAGCAAACGAGCUCACAAUAUUUUUCACGUGUGCUUAACGACGGUGAAAAAUACGACACGGUUCACAGACCUGUGGUACAUAUUUCGGGGUACAAGCAAGCAACAGGUGAAGCCGUAUACUGCGACGACAUUCCUACGUUUGAGGACGAGCUGUAUCUUUCGUAUGUAGUAAGCACCAGAUCGUACGCCCGAGUGUUAUCAAUCGAUCCCUUCGAAGCAUUAAAAGUUCUUGGAGUCCGCGGGAUCGUUUCUGCCAAUGAUAUCGAAAAAAAUAUAUACGGACCUUUAGUUCGCGACGAGAAGAUCUUCUAUGACGAUAUUGUCACUAGCCAGGGUCAGAUAAUCUGUGCUGUUGUUGCCAAAGAUCAGUUGACGGCUCGAAAAGCGGCUCGAUUGGUUCGAGUAGAGUACGAGGACUUGGAACCGGUGAUAAUUACCAUAGAAGAUGCCAUAAAAUACCGAACUUUCUUCGAGGGUGAGUACAGGACUAUUAGCAGAGGGAAUGUCGAUAAGCUUUUAGAAGAAGCGCCCCACGUGCUGGAAGGCGAAUGUAGAAUUGGGGGACAGGAGCACUUCUAUCUCGAGACCCAGACAGUCAUUGCAGUGCCCAAGAAAGAAGACGAUGAAAUGUUGUUGUACGUAGCUUCCCAGCAUCCAGCAGGGAUAGUGUCCAGUGUUGCCGAGUUGCUGGGCAUCGAUCAGAAUCAAGUCGUCUGUAAAGUGAAACGGAUAGGGGGUGGUUUCGGUGGAAAAGAAACCAAAGCUCUGAUGGUAACUUUGCCAGUCGUCGUGGCUGCCAAAAAAUUCAAUCGCCCAAUCAGAUUAGCGCUCGACAGAGACGACGAUAUGGCGAUGACGGGAGGCAGACAUCCUUGCCUAAUAAAAUACAAAGUAGCCUUUGACGUUAGGGGAAAGAUAUUAGGGUUCGAAGCGCGAGCAUACUUGAACGGGGGAUACUCCUAUGACUUUUCCUUACCGGUUUGCGAAAAAAUCGUCACAGUACUGCCAAGCGCUUACAACAUUCCCAACCUCAGAAUCAGCGGUGUUGUUUGCAAGACCAAUUUACCGUCAAAUACUGCAUUCAGGGGGUUCGGGAAUCCCCAAGCUGUAUUUGCAGCUGAAACCGUGAUCCAACAUAUCGCCGAUUACUUGAAAAUUGACCGCGUUAGAAUCAGCGAAAUCAAUUUCUAUAAAGAAGGAGACUUGACGCACUACAACCAGAAACUGAUCGAUUGCACUCUAGAAAGGUGUUGGAGUGAAUGUAUGAAAAUGUCGAACUAUCACGAACGGAAAAAGAAUGUUGAGUUUUACAAUAGGCAAAAUCGGUACUAUAAACGAGGCUUAGCGGUGGUACCGACAGUAUUUGGAGUGGGAUUUUCUGACGCUCAAUUUCUUAACCAAGCGGGGGCCCUAGUACACGUCUACAACGACGGUUCGGUACUACUACACCACGGAGGCGUGGAAAUGGGUCAAGGGCUUUACACCAAAAUGAUUCAGAUAGCUAGCAAGGUUCUAAACGUUCCAAUCGAGAAGGUGCACACCAGCACCACGUCAACUCAGGCGGUACCCAACACAUCACCUACGGCAGCGAGUACCGGAUCCGACUUAAACGGUAUGGCCGUCCUGAAUGCGUGUUCUACCAUUAAAGAAAGGCUCGAGCCUUAUAGAAAAGCAGACCCAAACGGUACCUGGGAAUCGUGGGUAAGCAAAGCGUACUUCGAGAGAGUCAGUUUGUCCGCUACUGGUUUCCACGCUAUGCCCAACAUAGGCUACGACUGGGCAAAGGGUGAGGGCAAUAUGUUCAACUAUUUUGUUUAUGGUGUGGCGUGUAGUGAAGUCGAAGUAGACAGCUUGACGGGAGACCACAGAGUAUUGAGGACCGAUAUAGUCAUGGAUUUAGGUCAAAGUUUAAAUCCUGCGAUCGACAUCGGACAAAUUGAAGGAGCGUUUAUGCAAGGCUAUGGACUGUACGUUCUCGAAGAGUUGGUUUAUUCGCCUACCGGGACUAUGUUUACCAAAGGACCAGGGACAUAUAAGAUCCCCGGUUUCGGCGACAUUCCAGCCCAAUUCAACGUGUCCCUGCUAAAGGGCUCUUCCAAUACUCGAGCUGUUUAUUCAUCCAAGGCGGUUGGAGAGCCACCUCUUACGUUAGCAUCGUCAACGUUGUUCGCUAUCAAAGACGCAAUAAAGGCGGCUAGAUCAGAGCACGGAGUGGAUGAGUAUUUCGUUUUGGAUGCCCCAGCAACUGUUGAAAAGAUUCGCAUGGCAUGCAAAGAUAAUAUUACAGAAAAGAUCAAAGAGCCGGAACUGGGGUCAUAUAAACCAUGGAAUAUUGUGGUUUAGUGGAGGAAGAAGAGAACAGUAAUUUUUAAUACACAGAGUAACAUUUUAAAUAAUAACACAUUUAAAAGUAUUAAGAUAUUUGUUAAUUGUAUAUUAAGUUUAUAUGCAAAUAAAUUAAGUUU